AUGAAAUUCCUACAGACCUCUCUUGUGGCGGCCUUGCCUGCAGCCCUCGUCAGCGGCCGCUUCGUGGCGGAGAACGAGGGCGACCAUGUUAUUCUCGAGGAGCCGGCCAAGUACCUCAUCGAGCUGGGCCCCGGCGAGACGCAAUGGGUGACCGAGGAGGACAAGUGGGAUCUCAGACGUAACGGCCAACGCUUCAUGGACAUCACCGACACGCGAGACCUCGGCUCCCUGCGCGCCCAGUUCCGGGCUGCCACCGUCCAGUUCCCCGACAAGUGCGUCAAGCAGAAGGAGGUCGGCCAGCUCGCCGGCAACCUGUCAAAGGACGAGAUGCUCAAGAACCUCGAGAAGCUGACGAGCUUCCACACCCGAUACUACAAGUCCGACUACGGCCGCCAGUCGUCCGAGUGGGUGCUGGACAAGGUCAACCAGAUCAUCAAGGACGCCGGCGCCAGCGACACCGUCACGGCGAGCCCCUUUGCCCACUCGUGGCCGCAGAGCUCCGUCAUUGCGCGCAUCCCCGGCAAGAGCAACACCACCGUCGUCAUCGGUGCGCACCAGGAUUCCAUCAAUCUGUGGUUGCCCGCUAUCCUCGCGGCUCCUGGCGCCGACGACGACGGCAGUGGCACCGUCACCAUCCUGGAAGUCUUCCGCACGCUGCUCGGAGACAAGGACGUCGUUGGCGGCUCUGCUAGGAACACGGUCGAGUUUCACUGGUACAGCGCCGAGGAGGCCGGGCUCUUGGGCAGCCAGGCCAUCUUCCAGGCGUACGAGAAGGCGGGCCGCGACGUCAAGGCCAUGCUGCAGCAGGACAUGACGGGCUACGCUCAGGGGACCAUUGACGCGGGCAAGCCAGUGAGCGUGGGCGUUAUCACCGACUACGUUGAUCCUGGCCUUACUGCCUUUAUCAAGAAGGUUAUCGAGGAGUACUGCAGCAUCCCUUGGGUCGAGACCAAGUGCGGCUAUGCUUGCUCUGACCACGCCUCUGCCUCCAAGGCCGGUUACCCUUCUGCCUUUGUUAUUGAGUCGGCAUUUGAGAACUCGGACCAGCACAUCCACGGCACUGAAGACCUGAUCAAGUAUCUGUCGUUUGACCACAUGCUUGAGCAUGCCAAGAUGACCUUGGGCUUGGUGUACGAGCUGGCGUACCACGACUUUUCCUCAGCCCGUGAUGAGCCCUCAGAACUGUAA